AUGACUACUCUAUCCACAGUUCGAGGCCAUGAGGCCCUUGCAGUCAGCACGGUCUUCACCAGCCUGGCGACGAUCCUAGUGGCUAUUCGCAUUUACACCCGAAUGUUCAUGGUGAAGCAGAUGGGAGCAGAUGACUAUGCUAUCCUAGUUGCCCUGGCUUUUUCUUGGGGUUUCUACGGAUUAUUCGUGGGCGAGGUUUAUCAUGGCAUGGGCGCCGACUACGAUAUUAUCCCCCACAAGACAUACAUUACUCAGAUGCUUUGUUUCUGGGCCUCCAUUCCCAUCUACCAGACUAGUCUGAUUACCACCAAACUGUCCAUUCUCCUACAGUACCGACGAGUCUUCUCCACCACACGACGGAUGCGAUUGGCUUGUAAUAUGCUCAUCGGGUUCCUGAUCAUUUACGGGACCUGGACAGUUAUCAGCGCCUGGGUAAACUGUGUACCUGUCGCCAAGUUCUGGGAUCCGACCAUCGCAGGCUUCUGUUUCAACAAAGAAGCACUGUGGUUCUCAAACUCGGCGAUCCACAUCCUGACCGAUCUCUUGAUUCUUAUAUACCCCAUGCCCGUCAUUCGCUCUCUCCAAUUGCCGAGCAGACAGAAAUUUGCUUUAAUGGGCGUCUUCGCUCUUGGUGGAUUCGUCGUAAUCACCAGUAUCCUCCGCUUAAAGAGUCUCCUCGUCAUCUCCCACUCUAAUGACCCAACCCACGACAACGUCGGCGCGGCUGAAUGGUCCGCAAUCGAAUGCAACGUCGCAAUUAUCUGCGCCGCCCUUCCAAGCAUCAGAGCCUUCCUCUCCAAAUUCCUUCCCCACAUUUUCUCCACUGGCAGCAAUGGAUACCGCAGCCGGACACGACCUUCUCGCACAGGUCGGAGCGCCCUUACAGGCACACAUACCAAUGUCCAAGCAUCCGUCAUCGGAGGCCGCGAUCUCCACGACGCAGAGUACGAUCUGGAGAAUAUGUCUCCGUCUGGUUCAUCCCAUGAUAGCCUCUCAAAGGGGCAGGAUACCAAAGUGGAGUUUUCUGGGAUCAAGGUUACGACGUACGUUAUGCAGGAGUCGACUUCUACUCCGGCUAAUGAUGAUACGGCGAGUACGAAGGACUUGGUUCUUACUCACCGGGAGAGUUUCUGA